AUGUCUGAAAUGCCACUGCCCACAGAAUCCACAUGUGAUGGCUUCCUCGUACAAUCUCAAGCCCAAGCUGCUCUACACUUGCAGUGGAAGCAAGAGCAGAAAGAAGCGCGAGCUCGUGCUAAACUCGCGGAGCUCAAUUCUUUCUUUGGUGAAGUAACCAAAGACGAGGAGUUGGAGAGAGAGGAGAGAAGGGAACGCAGAGAAAAGAGGGAGAGAAAGCACAACGAUAAGAAGCGGAGAUACGAAGGUACAGAGGAGAAAGGCGAACACGGCGGACUGGGUGCUUUCUUCAAGAAGUCAAUGCAGAAAUUCAGAAAGACAGCAACAGCCAGUAUUUACUCAUCCUCCUCUAAUGAAAGCCACAUUGAUAUCAAUCAUACCACAUCUACUACAGGCUCUAUUGAGAAGCCUUACGAGCGUGACGUUAGUGUAGACAACAUUGGCAUAGCCAACACUGUUGCUAGACUGGUCCAUGAUAAAGAACAAUUGUAA